GGCCUGGAACAAGUGCUACUCUAGCUUUGCCAAGAUGAUGCGGGCAGUGUGUGUCGACGUACCAGGAGGACCUGAGAAUUUACUGCUGCAAACUGUCCCGAGACCUCAGCCUAAAGACGGGGAAAUCCUAAUUAAAGUUCACGCAACUGCUCUCAACAGGGCCGACUUACUGCAGAGGCGAGGACUGUACCCACCUCCCCCUGGUGAGAGUGAUAUCAUAGGCCUGGAGGUGGCUGGUACUGUGGAUACUCUGGGCCCAGGGGUGAAAACAAGCUGGAAGCCCGAUGACAGGGUCAUGGCCUUGCUCUGUGGAGGAGGAUAUGCAGAAUAUGUUGCUGUGCCUGAGGAGCUCCUCAUGCCCGUUCCCCCUAAUCUCACACUCUGCCAGGCCGCUGCGAUCCCAGAGGCCUGGCUCACUGCCUUUCAGCUGCUGGUUUUCGUAGCUCAGGUGAAGGAGGGUGAAGUGGUGCUGGCUCAUGCUGGAGCCAGCGGAGUCGGAACAGCUGCUGUUCAGCUGGUUCGUCUGUUUGGUGCCGUGCCCAUCGUUACUGCGGGGAGCCCCGAAAAACUGAAGAUUGCUGAGAGCCUGGGAGCAGCAGCUGGGUUUAACUACAGAGAGGAGAGCUUCGCGCAAGGAGUUCAUGACUUUACAGGAGGCAAGGGAGCAAACAUCAUCCUUGACUGCAUUGGUGGGUGUAACUGGGAGCAAAAUGUGAGCUCUUUGGCCACCGACGGCCGGUGGGUGCUGUACGGCACCAUGGGAGGCCGGGCGGUAGAGGGAGAUCUGCUGGGCAAACUGCUCUCCAAGCGCGGCCACUUGCUCAGCAGCCUCCUCCGCUCUCGCAGCCUUCAGUACAAAUCAGAGCUGGUAAAAGCUUUCUCACACAGAGUGUUACCGUGUUUCUCAGACCAGACAUCCUCCCUGAGGCCAGUGAUUGACAGCACGUUCAACCUGGAGGACAUCGCAGAAGCUCACAGGCACAUGGAGGCCAACAAGAACACAGGGAAGAUUGUGGUUAAUGUGAUUCCACAGAGAGAGGAAACUCAGCUGCAGUAAUAUUAACAGAUGUAAUCACUCUGAAUUUGAUUAAUCUCACAACACAGUGUUAUUUGUUUGUUGAUCAUUAUUUUAAAUAUGUUUUAUCCACCAAACCACCAAAGAUGAUUUUUGUACAGUGCUGUUUCGUCUGUAUUGUUAUAAUGGUGAUUAUUAACCUACUACUAAAUGUUUACUGUAAUUAUUACUCCUUAUUGCACAUUAGUCUUAAAGCACAACCUUAAUAAAAUGCCACAUUGUAUUUCACUGCACAUACAGUAUUGAAUGAGCAUAUUAACAAAUAAAACCCUUGAAUCUU